AUGUAUUCAGCAAGUUCAAAGACGAACAUGAGGCCUUCCAUGUUACCGUACGACCCAAGGGGGCUAUUAAGUCUAUACAAUGCAGCAUACCUUUUUAUCCAUGGGGAGACAGAGCUUGAAGAAAGCAUCUCAUUUGCGAGGCGACACCUCGAAUCGAUGGAAGGUAAGCUUGAUUACCCAUUGGCAGAGCAAGUCAGGCGCGCCCUUCACUUGCCGCUGCCAAGGACCUUGAAGAGAGUAGAGGUGCUGCAUUAUAUGUCAGAGUACAAAGAAGAGCCGCCGCACAACACCUCCAUUUUGGAGUUCGCCAAACUGUAUUUUAACCUUCUGCAACGUCUCCACUUGAAGGAGCUCAAGGCUCUCUCUAGAUGGUGGAAAAAUCUUUACAGAGAAGUGGGGCUAAACUACUCGCAGGAUCGUGUGGUUGAGUGCUACUUCUGGGCGUAUACAGCAUACUAUGAGAAAGAGUAUACACGUGCAAGGACGAUUCUUGCCAAGAUGAUGGAAGUAAUAGUAAUGACAGACGACACUUACGAUGUCCGUGCUACUUUGGUGGAGUGUAGACAGCUCAAUGAAGCUAUACAAAGAUGGGAGGAGAGUGCUAUUUCUCUUCUACCAGAGUACUUACAGAAGUUCUACCUCAAGCUGAUGAGCACCUUCAAGGAGUUUGAGGACGUAUUGAAACCGGAUGAGAAGUACCGGGUCGCUUUUAGCACAAAAGCGUUUCAAAUAUUAUCAAGCAACUAUCUCCAAGAAGCCGAAUGGUUUCAUCAGAAUCACAAGCCAAGAUUCAAUGAUCAAGUGAAGGUAUCUGGUGUGUGCUCAGGUGGACAAUGGGUAUGUGUUGGGUUGCUAGUGGGUAUGGGCGAUACUGCAACCAAGGAGGCACUGGAAUGGGCCCUCGGCUGUACUGAUGCCGUCAGGGCUUGCGCAGAGGUGACACGUUUCAUGAAUGAUCUUGCUUCAUUUAAGCGUGGGAAGAACAAAAAUGAUGUGGUCAGCUCCGUGGAAUGUUACAUCAGUGAGCACGGUGUGGCGAGUGAGGUCGCCAUUGCCAAGAUAGGGUCUCUGAUCGAAGAUGCAUGGAAGACUACGAACCAAGCACGCAUUGAGCUCCCUGAGCUGCUGCUCCCGGCGGUGCAGCGAGUCGCAAAUAUAACGAUCAGCAUGCCCUUCAUGUAUGAUGACAAGACAGAUGCCUUUACGUUCAGCAGCCAUCUUGAGGGGACGAUUAAGCGACUGUUUGUCAGUCCCAUUGAGCUCUAG